CUUAAUGACUAAUUUAUUGUCCCUCCUCUUCCUCCUGUCGGGUUCUGUGGGCGGGUCCGGUUCGGACUGUUGGACCGGCCUCCCUCAUUAAAAACCUCCACCCUCCUCCCUCCUCUCAACAUCGAGCGGAGCCGCGAGGAGAACCAUCGACCCGCYGCUGCUGCUGCGUCCUCCUCAUCCCUCCCACAGUCCAUCGUCUGAGCCGGUACCGAGCCGGGAGCAGAACCCCUGCGGGAGCGAUGGCUUCUAACCCCGCGGAGAGCCCGAAGCUGUCCGAGGACCAGGUCAAAGUUCUGGAGCAGAACUUCAACAAAGUCAGCAAACAUCCGGACGGAACCACGCUGCUGCUGAUCGCUGCGGAGGUCGGGCUGAGCGAGGAGGACACGGAGAAAUGGUUCAAGCAGCGUUACGCUAAGUGGAGGCAGGCUGAAGGUCUUCCUCCUAAACUGGGAUCGGUGCUGGACUAAUAUCUUUUCACCUCCUGGUUCCAUGAAGUUCUUUGCUGACCCUUUUGUUGUCCUGYUGGACUGACCCAUCCUCCCUGUUCCAACUGUAUAGCCCUCUUUUUGUAUCUAUGAAACUGUYUUGUUGUAAAAUGUGAAGGUUUUUGUGUUGUUGYCAAGUUAAACCAUGUUUACAGAAGUAAACAUAUUAUUGUAAGUUAAACAGGCUUGUUUGGUUUGUCGCCACCAUACAUCUGUGGUUCAGACUCACACAGGAUGCAGGAGAACACAAUCGAUGUUUGUGUUGUAGGGGUGGGUCGGUUUUGUUUCCAUUGCUUUGUUUGCACGCAGGWCUGUCAGCAGUUGGACCCGUGACUAUAAAAGACGUUGGAAAGGAUUUCAAUAGAAUCAGCUGACGCCAUCAGGAACCUCUGUGGUUGAAUCUGGAAUAUUCCAUCAGAGCACAGAGGGGGAGGAAUGACACUGAGGGCUAAAAUAAAGACAGGUGAUGUCACUUCAAAGCCCUCUCUUCCUCUCUCUCUGAGUGUUGUCAAACGGAAAUUAUCUCACAGGAGGCAGAACUGUAGGUCACAAGAAAAAAGUCYAAAGUCGUGAUAAAGAUGCUUGAUGUCUAACACUUCUGUCAUUUCCUGCUGAUUAACGGUCACAAAGAUUACAURAAAGUUUUACUAGUUAGUCAUAAACUAACUCUCACACAAAAUUAAAGAUAUUCUGAACAGA